AGCAGACAUUGGCGGCCGGGCUGCUGGGAGCAGUUCCGCCGGGUUUUACUGUUGGAGACUUCCUUCUGGUCAGCCCAGGCAGGUCCGAGGCGUCUGGGGAGGACAAGGGUCGUUCUGGCGCAAACCAAGAUGGAGUAUGAGUGGAAACCUGACGAGCAGGGGCUUCAGCAAAUCCUGCAGCUGCUGAAGGAGUCCCAGUCCCCAGACACCACCAUCCAGAGAACCGUGCAACAAAAACUGGAACAACUCAACCAAUAUCCAGAUUUUAACAACUACCUGAUUUUUGUUCUUACAAAAUUAAAAUCUGAAGACGAACCCACAAGAUCAUUGAGUGGUCUCAUCUUGAAGAAUAAUGUGAAAGCACAUUUUCAAAAUUUUCCAAAUGGUGUAACAGACUUUAUUAAAAGUGAAUGUUUGAAUAAUAUUGGUGACUCCUCUCCUCUCAUUAGAGCCACCGUAGGUAUUUUGAUUACAACCAUAGCCUCCAAAGGAGAACUGCAGAACUGGCCCGACCUUUUACCAAAACUUUGUAGCCUUUUGGAUUCUGAAGAUUACAACACCUGUGAGGGAGCAUUUGGUGCUCUUCAGAAGAUAUGUGAAGAUUCUGCUGAGAUUUUAGAUAGUGAUGCGUUAGAUCGUCCUCUCAACAUCAUGAUUCCCAAAUUUUUACAGUUCUUCAAGCACAGUAGUCCAAAAAUAAGGUCUCAUGCUGUUGCAUGUGUCAAUCAGUUUAUCAUCAGUAGGACUCAAGCUCUGAUGUUACACAUUGAUUCAUUUAUUGAGAAUCUCUUUGCAUUGGCUGGUGAUGAAGAACCAGAGGUACGGAAAAAUGUGUGCCGAGCUCUUGUGAUGUUGCUUGAAGUUAGAAUGGAUCGCCUGCUUCCUCACAUGCAUAAUAUAGUUGAGUACAUGCUGCAGAGGACCCAAGAUCAAGAUGAAAAUGUGGCUUUAGAAGCUUGUGAAUUUUGGCUCACUUUGGCUGAGCAGCCGAUAUGCAAAGAUGUACUCAUAAGGCAUCUUCCUAAGUUGAUUCCUGUGUUAGUGAAUGGAAUGAAGUAUUCAGAUAUAGAUAUUAUCCUCCUUAAGGGUGAUGUUGAAGAAGAUGAAACAAUUCCUGAUAGUGAGCAGGAUAUAAGGCCACGUUUUCAUCGAUCAAGGACAGUAGCGCAGCAGCAUGAUGAAGAUGGAAUUGAAGAGGAAGAUGAUGAUGAUGAUGAAAUUGAUGAUGAUGAUACAAUUUCUGACUGGAAUCUAAGAAAAUGUUCUGCUGCUGCCCUAGAUGUUCUUGCAAAUGUGUAUCGGGAUGAGCUUUUGCCACAUAUUUUGCCCCUUUUGAAAGAGCUACUUUUUCAUCAUGAAUGGGUGGUUAAAGAAUCAGGCAUCUUGGUUUUAGGAGCAAUUGCUGAAGGUUGCAUGCAAGGCAUGAUUCCAUACUUGCCUGAGCUCAUUCCUCACCUCAUUCAGUGCCUCUCUGAUAAAAAGGCUCUUGUGCGUUCUAUAACGUGCUGGACUCUUAGCCGCUAUGCACACUGGGUAGUCAGCCAGCCACCAGACACAUACCUGAAGCCAUUAAUGACAGAAUUGCUAAAGCGUAUCCUGGAUAGCAACAAGAGAGUACAAGAAGCUGCCUGCAGUGCCUUUGCUACCCUAGAAGAGGAGGCUUGUACAGAACUUGUUCCUUACCUUGCUUAUAUACUUGAUACCCUGGUCUUCGCAUUUAGUAAAUACCAGCAUAAGAACCUGCUCAUUCUUUACGAUGCCAUAGGAACAUUAGCAGAUUCAGUAGGACAUCAUUUAAACAAACCAGAAUAUAUUCAGAUGCUAAUGCCUCCACUGAUCCAGAAGUGGAACAUGUUAAAGGACGAAGAUAAAGAUCUCUUCCCUUUACUUGAGUGCCUAUCUUCAGUUGCCACAGCCCUGCAGUCUGGCUUCCUCCCUUAUUGUGAACCUGUAUAUCAGCGUUGUGUAAAUCUAGUACAGAAGACUCUUGCACAAGCCAUGCUGAAUAAUGCUCAACCAGAUCAGUAUGAAGCUCCAGAUAAAGAUUUUAUGAUAGUGGCUCUUGAUUUACUCAGUGGCCUGGCUGAAGGACUUGGAGGCAACAUUGAGCAGCUAGUAGCACGAAGUAACAUUCUAACACUAAUGUACCAAUGCAUGCAGGAUAAAAUGCCAGAAGUUCGACAGAGUUCCUUUGCCCUGUUAGGUGACCUGACGAAAGCUUGCUUUCAGCAUGUUAAGCCUUGUAUAGCUGAUUUCAUGCCAAUAUUGGGAACCAACCUAAAUCCAGAGUUCAUUUCAGUCUGCAACAAUGCCACAUGGGCAAUUGGAGAAAUUUCCAUUCAAAUGGGCAUAGAGAUGCAGCCUUAUAUUCCUAUGGUGUUGCACCAGCUUGUAGAAAUCAUUAACAGACCCAACACACCAAAGACGUUGUUAGAGAAUACAGCAAUAACAAUUGGUCGUCUUGGUUACGUUUGUCCUCAAGAGGUGGCCCCCAUGCUACAGCAGUUUAUAAGACCCUGGUGCACCUCUCUGAGAAACAUAAGGGACAAUGAGGAAAAAGAUUCUGCAUUCCGUGGGAUUUGUACCAUGAUCGGUGUGAAUCCCAGUGGAGUAAUCCAAGAUUUUAUAUUUUUUUGUGAUGCUGUUGCAUCAUGGAUUAACCCAAAAGAUGAUCUCAGAGACAUGUUCUGUAAGAUCCUUCAUGGAUUUAAAAAUCAAGUUGGGGAUGAAAAUUGGAGGCGUUUCUCUGAUCAGUUUCCUCUUCCCUUAAAAGAGCGUCUUGCAGCUUUUUAUGGUGUUUAAACUCAUGCACUUAGGCUGCAGUCCCAUAAUUAGGGGUCCUUCAGUCUUGGAGACUAUGAGGGAGCCUCUGCACCCAGGGAAAAUGUUACCCCUUACAGGGGGAAGGGUAAACCAGUAGGGAAUACAGUACAAUCCCAACCCUACUGGGAGGGGCGGGAGGGAGGUGUUGCCGUCACUGUAUUAAGUCGAUGUUGGGAAACGUUUUAACAUCUGGAGCCUUUGUGGGUGGAAAUCUGUCUCCAAUUACAACUCCGCACUGGAUGUGAAGAAGCAAAAAAAAAAAAGUCUAUUCAGUCUACUCACAAAACAGUACAUUCUGAAAUACGGGGAAUUGUACCAAAACAAGAACCAUAUAAAUGAUGCAUAGGGAUAAGAAAGAGGAAAAAAUUCUAUAGUGCACAAUAAAGGAAACCUAAGAAUGGGGUUACAAACAGUAAAGAAGCUUUUUUUUUUUUAAUUUAAAAAAUUUUAUAUAAGUUUUUCCACAUGAUGGGGCCUUGUUUUGCAUGCUGAUAAAGAAAUUACAUAAAUGAAGCUAAUAUAAUUAAAAUCAGCUUGCCUACCCAUAGUAGAAGCAGGUUCUUGGAAGUUACAAUUUAAGGUACCCCAAAAGAAGUUGGAAAUAAAAUGAAACAAAUUUAAACAAUGAACCACCCUGUGAAAUGCCAAAUGAGUCACUCCUUUUACCUUUGUGGGAUGGGCAGGGAGGGAACAAUAAAUGGGGUUGGGCAUAUCAAACUAAAGGUUGACACCUUAAUUUUGCAUUAGGACAUUAAUGUAGUGGGUAUAAUUUGAUGGCUGUAUUUCAUUAGAUUUAAUUUCUAGGCCAAAAUAUUAUUUUUAAUGUGCAGUUUAAGGUUCAGGCAUGCAUUCUGGCUCAUAGUGAUUGAAAGUAAUUUAAAUUAGUGGGAGAGUAGCAUGCUUGCAUCACAUAGACUGAGACUGGUAUUCAUUUACCUAUGUUGCGCCAGUUUGUGUUGCAGUUUACCAAUUCGAUAUAGCCCUGCAUUUAAAAUUCCUUUUUUAAGAUUUGUGGAUAUCAUUUUUAAGAAUAUAGAUAUAAAGUACUGUAGUUUACAGCUAGGCCUUGAAAUAUCUUUUUAGGAUCUGUUAGGAAUAAGAUUGAUAUUGUAUUGUGUGUAACCUGCACAAUGUGGAAAGCUGAUAUACCCGUGCAAAAUCUUUGCCUCUGUGCUGUCAGUGUGAUGUGCUUUCUGCAUGGUUAUAUACUAGUGAUUUUAUCAAAACUUCUAAAACUUAAAUUACAUGGUAAAAGAUCUGUAAAAGGCUGCAUAAAUGUUAGUCAGCACAUAAAGACAAUUGUAGAAGUUGAAGACAUGAUUGCUAUAUUUCAAUGUUUAUUCCCACUCAACAUAUUGCCUUCUAAGCUUUCUUUUUUUUGUUCAAAGCAUGAUCUUAAAGAUAUGUUUAAGUUAAUGGAUGUAAUGCAGGGUUCCUACACUGUAUUGGCGCAUGUUGGUGGCCCUCUGUGCCCUAAAUAUAUGCACAAAGGGUGCAAGUUUAAAGCUACAGAGUGAAAGUUAGUUUGGAUCCUCUUCAUUUCAUUUGUUUAGCUUUUCUGUUAUUUUUCUCUACUUACAUGUAUUCCUGUGAAUAAAUCCUUGUUAAGUUAACCCUUUACUUUUCCUUUCAUGUGUAUUUUCUUAUAUACUGUGAAUGUGAAAACCUAACUGGUACACUUGAUCUUGUGUCCAUAUGAAAGUGCAAGUCUUUAUUAAUUUGGAUUGCCUGAACAGUGUAUCCCAUGAUGAUGAAGGAAAAUGGAGGGAUUUUUCUUUUAACUCUGCUGGUCAGAGAUGAUGCCACACCUUUCCAUUUUUCAAUGCUGCAUAUUUAAUCUGCAACAAAAAUGUUAAGCCAUAACAACCUUUUUUAUAUUUUAGUUUGUCACCUUUGCAUUGCAGAAUAAAUACUGAAUAACCAUUUUUAUAAGCAGUUGCUCCUGUUUGCAUGGUUCUAUUCUCUAAAGGUGUUAAAUGAUACAGCCAUUGCACUGAAGUUUUGAGCUGUGUGCGUGUGAAUUUAUAAAUACUGUUUCAAAAAUUUUCAAAUGCAUGAUAGCAUGCGGAAAGGUUUUUGUUACUGUAUGUGUGUAUAUGUGUUCUUGUGUUUUUUUUAACAUUCUUUCACCUUUCCUCUGCAUUGGCUUUGCAAAUUUCAGUCUGUAGAGCCUAAAUUGAACAAUAUUUUGUAAUGUGCACCCCCCCCUUUUUUUUUAAUUAUCAUUUGGAUCCAAAGGGUGUGUGGCAUUUUGCUUUCUACUACCAUUGCCUGAUUGGGAGCUGAAAAUUCGCUUUGUACUUCAGUCUUUAAAACCUGAGAAGGAUAGCUAUUUUAUCCUUAGUACUUCAAUACUUUUUAGAACUUAAUAUGGGAGAUAUUUUUAAUAUUCUGGAAAAGGAGGCAAAUAUUUCAAAUGGAAGGAAAUGAUAACAUUACUCUCUAAACAGUAAGCAAAUAAAUAAAAACAACCUUCAGUAUAGUAAUCUGGAUCUGUGAUUAGCAAUUAUAUAUUGACUGAAAGCAGUGUUGUCACCUGUUUGAUAAAAAAUCAGUUUCCAAUUAGGCAGAUAAAUAAUGUUGUAAGAAUAUGUACCUAUUUUUAGUACCCACUUGGACCUGUUUUUAAAUUAUUAGGAAAUUUAAUUUUAAAAUAAGAAAUAAAAUGAAUUUGAAAGGCAACAUGAAAUUGGGUCCCCACCCCCAAGAUUAUUUGAUUUCUUCCUAAUUAAAUUUAUUUCAGAUGUGUUUAGUAUAGUACAGGAAUUUGCAGAAGCCAUUUAAGUUAUCUUUUGAGGUAAGCUCUAUCUGAUUUAGCAUUUAUUGUUCUGAUAAAACUUUUAAUAACAUCAUGGGAUAUAUAAAAAGCAACUUAAUUCUUGUGGUAUAGUCUUAGUAGUUUUGAAUGUUGACAGAAUGUCUAUGAAAUUGUGAGUUUGUCUUUGUUACAUUCCAGUGUUUCUGCCUCUUGGCAUGCUUAAAGCACGGCUUACUUCAUCUGCUCCUUACACACUAAAGUGCUGUUAGUGUGCUCAACUACAGAAAUAGCCGCUGCUAAGUGAUGUAGAUUUUCUACUUGAAUAUUUUUAUGUUGUAGGAACCUCAGGAGGUCAGUGUUUACUGUUUUAUAUAUGCCUUCUUUUUCCUGUUUGAGCUUUUCUCUUUGAAGGAUUCUAACAACAAAAGCUGCUGAUCAACCUAAGUUGGAAACAGAAAGUGUAUUUAAUAUAAUUUAAAUGCAUGUUGGCUCCAUAUUAUAGUACAUUAGUAACUUAGUGCCACAGAUAUUCAUUUAUUCAGGAAGAAUUCUGCUUUUUUGUAUUGUCUAAUCUCUUUAAUGACUUCAUACUGUGUAAAAAAAAAAAUCCCUUUUUUACGUAUUUUUGGUUGGUUAUUUCCCAAAUAAUCAACAUGUAAAUAAUCUUUAAGAGCCAUUUCUGAUGCUUUACAUUAUUGCUACUUGAUUUUGUGAGGCAAGUUAGAUUUCAGAAUAGAUUUUAAAACACUUAACUAAGCCAUUACAUCUUAAAAACAAAACAAGUAGCAUACAUUUUGUAAUUAACAUAUUGAUAAACACUGUGAUUUCUUUUAAGACUUUUUCAUUGAUCUGAAUUGCUUAAAUUGCAUAUAUUGUAAAAUAGGAUCAGAUGUAUAUUUUAAAGUAAUUUCAACUGACUUUAUUGAAAUGCUUUGUCUACUCAGUUAUAAAGUGUUCAGAUACAAGUUUUAUCUCAGGUGAAUACUCUUGUAUCAUUUUUUGCUUUGAUGACAUGCUUAUAUAAAGAGUCAUUAUACUUGUAUUCUUUGUUUUUUAGUAUAUUUCAUUGAGAAUCUUCCCAUUUCAUCUGACUUCUAACCCUUAUUUUACCAGACUGGGGUACUACAAAUCCAUCCUGGCAAGCUUUUUUUUUUUUUUGCAUGCAAGUUUACCUGAAAGUAAGUUGGUCUAGUCGUCCUUUUCUCCAAACCCCCAAGAUAGGAAAGUGGAAAUUUGUUCUCCCUUGUAUCAUAUCACCCUGUGUAACUGAAAUGCCAGAGUUAGACUAACUCUGUCUUAAACCCUUAGUCUAAAUUUAAAUUAAAUCCUUUACCAUGAGGGAAAAAGGUGUUGGGUUUUGUUUUGUUUUGUUUUGUUUUUGCUUCAUAUAGUUAAUUAUAUUAUUCAUAUUGAAUGUAUUAACAGGAUACUGGUGCAAAAACAUUCUUCCCGGGAGAAGAGUGUAUCAUGCAUGACUGCAGUUUGUCCUUUCUUUGGUAGUACUUUAAAACACACACAGCUUUACUUACUAUUUUUUUGUUUGCCUGUCUUUUGUUUUUCUUUUUUGCAAAUAAUACAAGGGAGGGGACACUUAUUUGCUACUAGUACUGUUACUGAAGUGUAGACAUUGAAGUCUUUAAAAAACUUCAAAUUUUAAGGGCCUGUGGUAGUCUAGAAGAAAAAUGAGAUCAGUAAAGAGCUGUGUUUUUAACAAAUUAUCUAGUAAUAUCACGCAAUAUUAUUGUACACCAACUUAGUACCUUUCAUACUGUAUUAAAUACGGAGAUAACUUUAAUGCCCCUCAAAAAUUAAAUUUAACAUAAGUUUCAUUCAGCUGUAUACUUUUCAUAAUGACUUGUGACUUUUUUUUUUUUUUUUUUUUUUUUUGUCUGAUGAUCUUUCCCCCAUUGUGAGACUUAUAUGUAGAGGAUUCUUUAUUUUUAUGCCUACUUAUUAUUCAUUUGAAUUUUAAGGUAUACAUUUAAGCUACAGCAACUUUUUCUGUUGUGGUUUGUAUCCCAGAGUGUAUUGUGUUUAAAAAAAAACAAACAAACAAACAAACAAUAUUUGAAUGUAUGCAUGAUUUUGAGGGAAGUUAACAUGAUUUUUUUUUUCACCCUUUGUACAUUUUAAAACCAGGCCAAAUUUAUUAGCCAAGCACUAUAUCACUAAUUAGAAAGCCAGUAGUUUCCCCUUGGUUACACUUUUUGUUCAACUACCAUAGAAUCCCCUUAUACUUACGCAGAAUUAACUGUUUCACAGGUCUGUCUUCCUAAAAGCCUAAUAUAUUAUGGUUAGCCUACAAGGCAGUGUUGGUUCUCUAUUUAACAAACUCAUAAAAGGAGUUCUGUUGUGCUUUCCCCAUGUUACUUCCUUGUUUUUCCUCGGUCAAUAUAUAACCAAAUUAAGAUUGGCUGAUUUUAUGGAGAUAAUAUUUAGACGACACUGUAUAAUUAAUAGGUUAUCAUCUUGUAAAAAGAGCUGUUUAAACAUUGUAAAUGACUUCACUUCAUAAUAUAAAAAGUUUUACACUUAAUAUUCAUGUUAACAUUGGGUGCAAUAAUUUGGUAGUUUUAGCUUUAGUUAUAAAUAACUGGAUCUUUCUGCUGACAACUUAGGUUGUAUGAGUUAUGCUUAAAAGCUUUAAAUCUGGUGUUUCCUGUACCUGCCACACUAUGUUAGAAUGUGUCCUUCAAACAUAUCCUCCUGCAACUUCUCAAACUGUACUAAAAUUGAUAUUUCUUGAAGUCUAACUGUGCUAACAGAUCUUCAUUUUAAAUAGAAUACGGUUUUAAUUUUUGAUAAGCUGCUGAAUUUUAAAGAGAGUUUUUUGGGGCCACCAAAUAUUUUGGAUCAUGCAGAGAAUAUAUAUUGUACUGUAGUAAUUUUGUAUUUACAUUUGUAUGAUGUGACAUAAUAGAUGUGAAUGUUAAUCACUGCUUGACUAUGUUAAUAAAAUUGUUUAACUAUA